GAUUUUUAAGACAGAAUUCGAGAAAGGAAAAUGGCAAGAAGUGUUACUUGUCUAAUGUCAGUAAUCAAAAUUGUAUCAAUUUCAAAUAUCAAUUGGACUUAAAUACAUACGUUAAUACGUUUUUAUUUUAAUAUAAGCAUUAAGCAGUGACAGUCAAUAUUCAAUAACUGUUGUAAUUUUUUGAACCAUUAUGUAUUAAUUACGUUUAAACUAUCCUGCAAUCAUAAAAUUAGGCAUCUCUCCUUUUUAAAAUGGAAAAACUAAGACAUACCGUAUUGAAAAAUUUUAAAAGUCUGCAUCGAACUCGACUUAAAAUUUUCGAUGGGGACCAUAAGGCACUAACUGCGGCAAGACUAAAAAUAAACGAUGAAUAUAAGAAAAAUAAAGCAGUCAAAGAUGAAGAAGCAAUAAAAGCCAUGGUUAAGUUUAGUGAGGAAAUUGAACAAGAACUGAAAACUCAAGUCAUUCAAGCCCGAGAAGUCAAGCCUGGUGUGUUUGAGGCAAGAAUUACUGAAGACACUGUUAAGCUGGACAAUGUCAUGUUCGAUGAAAAUGCAGAAUUACCAAAAAGACGUAGAAAAAAUCAACAAUGUUGUCAGGACAAGAAAGAUAAAUAAUAUGAGAUGUUUAUAGUCUUAAGUAUAAUGUAGAUUGUGUAGGACAAAUGUCUAGAAAAAUAAUUUCAACUGUACCUUAAUAUUAUAUUGUUCAUAUAUGGUAA